ACGAGAAAUCCGUGCGACUUCGUUCUGUUUUGCUGCUGAUAGCGCUCGUUUCGCAUCACAAUCAGGGUUGUUCGUCGGUUUUUGCAUGAAAUUCCUGGCCGCAGGAUGAACAGUAUCGGUGAGAAUUGUACGGAUUUGAAGAAGAAAUACGACUCCUGUUUCAAUCAGUGGUUUUCGGAACGAUUCCUGAAGGGCGAUACCGAUGAUUCCGUGUGCGCUCCGCUCUUCAAGGUGUACCAGCAAUGUGUUAAGGACGCCAUGAAGGCCCAACAUAUUGAAUUCAAAGAGAUCGAAAGCGACUACCUGGGCUCGGAAAAGGAGCAACAGGUACCCCCGAAAAAAGGUAGUUGACCGUCGUCGUAAGAAAGCUGUGCAUCAUCAUCCCCCCUUACCCCUUAAAUAUCUCCGGAAGGAUCGCAUGUGGUUAGCGUUUUGGAAAAAAUGUACAAAUUGGUUGACAAAUGGCGUUAUCUGUCAAUUGUUUGUGAUAGUGAUAUUGGAAAGUUGGCCCGCCACAGUUGCUCUAGUCGCGUGAUUUAAAAGUAUAGUUAAAUAAGACCACAAUGCUUGUCGAAUUGAAACUGACCAUAAUGACAAAACUAUGCUACGUUAGUCGAGAACAACUUUACUGUAAUUGCAUUUAAAAUCGUUCGAUGAAUGAUUUCACAUCCAGUAAGAACAUUUCCUUUAGUUGGUAUACAGUUUCUAAGUUAGCGAAUUAAUCACCUUUUUUAUUGACGGUACAUAAAGUUGU